AUAAAAGAAAAUUAAAAAUAAUAAAAAGCUAACUUUAAAAAAAGAAUAGGAAGUUUGCUUCAACAUGAAACAAUGGAUACCCAAAAAAACCUCAGCCAAAGCCUAACAUUAACAUCACAUCCUCGAGCAAUCACAAUAUCACCAUCAACAACAACUAUAACAUCUGCUUCUUCUUCUUCACUACUAACUACUGCCUAACAAUAAGACAUUAUAUUCUGUUGUUAGCAGUAGAACAAGACAGGGAGUUAUUGCUAUGGAGGAUUUUGUGGUUCAGAGUCUUUUCAAUGGCGGAAGAGAAGCACAGGUUGAAGCUGCUACUCAACUUACUAAAUUUAGUACUAAGCAAAGGCAUAAAUUGGCCGAAAGAGGAAUUAUUUCCCCUUUGGUUUCUAUGCUUCGGUCUCAAGAUUUUGAAGCCAUUGAAGCUUCUCUUUUGGCUUUGCUUAGUCUUGCCUUUGGCAGUGAACGAAACAAGAUUCGGAUAGUGAGAUCAGGAACAGUACCUGUAUUGUUAGAGCUUCUCCAAUGGCAGAACGAGACGCUAACGGAAUUUGUAAUAGCAGCUUUAUUAACUGUCUCUUCUUGCUCAGGAAACAAACUCCCAAUCACAUUCUCCGGCGCAAUACCUCUCAUUACAGGAAUCCUUAGUGGAGAUUACAUUAGUAUUGAAAUUAGCAUACAAACAAAGCUUGAUGCAAUAUCAACGCUACACAAUCUCUCAACUUGUCAUCAAACCAUUCCAUCAAUUAUUUCUUCCGGCGUCGUUUUUGCAUUACUCCAAAUGAUUCACGAACAUGAAAAAUCGUCACUGUUAGUAGAGAAAUCAAUGGCGUUGCUUGAAAAUAUUGUUGCUUUAUCAGAGAAUGGAUUGCUGCAAACUGCGAGUACAGGCGGGGCUGUGCGGGCUUUAGUCGAGGCGAUAGAAGAAGGUUCUAUGCAAUGCAAAGAACAUGCAGCUGUGAUUCUGCUCUUAAUAUGCCAAAGUUGUCGAGAUAAAUAUAGAGGACUGAUUUUAAUGGAAGGUGUCAUGCCAGGAUUGCUUCAGUUAAGUGUAGAUGGAACAAGGAGAGGUAAGAAUACAGCUCAGGAAUUGUUGUUGCUGCUAAGGAAUUGCGAAGAGUAUGGGUCGAGAGGAAAACAAUCGGAACAUAAGCCUAUAGAACAGAUAAUGCAGGAAAUUGAUGCAGAAGGAGAGAGAAGUGUUAUGGGAACAGCAACGCUUAGACUGGUAGAGGAGAUGAUUGCAAAGCUUAGUACAUGAAAUAAAAAAUUGCUUGUUUCAGAAUUGGUGAAAGUUUUGAUCUAUUGGGAUUGUUCAUACCAUCGGGUUGAUCAAGGUAUUCUCUUACUCAAUUGGGGGAAAUUGUGGGAUAGUUUAUUUUUUUUCUUCAUCAGGCUGGUUGGAUCCUGAUAUUUAUAAUAUUAUAACAGAUCUUAGUUUCCAUAGUUUUA